UUAUUUUAUUUAGAAAAAUUAGAAGAUUCUGUUGAGAAUCUAAAAAAAUUAGAACAUUCAAUUCUCCUUGCAUGAAAGAUGGAGUUUGCACAAAAAAAUUUCCUAAAGAGUUUAAUCCUUGCACUGUUGCAAUUUUUAAUGGUUAUCCUAACUACAGGCGUUUAGAUAAUGGUAGAGUAGUCAUUAUAAAAGGUAACCAAGUUGAUAAUUGAUGGGUCGUACCCUAUAACCCCUGGUUAUCAAAAAAAUACCAAGCCUACAUUAAUGUUGAAGCUUGCAUGUCUAUUAAGUCAGUGAAGUAUUUAUACAAAUAUGUCUAUAAGGGGCAUGAUUGUGCGAAUGUGGUAGUUAAUGAAAGUGUUGACCAUGAUGAAAUUAACACAUAUUUAGAUUGUCGCUUUGUUUCCGCCCCAGAGGCUCUUUGGCGAAUAUAUGAGUAUUCCAUAAGUGAUAUGUCACAUACUAUUAUCCGCCUUCAAAUCCACCUUCCUGAUAAUCAGAGAGUAUAUUUUAACGAAGGAGAAGAACAAGUAGCUAUAGAUCGUGCAGCACAGCGUGACACUCACCUAACUGCUUGGUUUAAGUUAAAUGCUGAAAAUAAUGAAGCACGUCAGUAUUCUUAUGUUGAAAUUCCAUAUCACUUUGUUUUUGGUAAAAAUUGCAUGUGGAAAGUAAGACAAAGAGGUAGUGAUAAGGUGGUUGUUCGAAUGUAUAAAGUCAGUUCAUUUUGCGAAUUAUUUUUUCUCAGAUUGUUACUUUUGCAUGUAAAAGGUGCAAAGUCUUUUGAUGAUUUGCGUACUGUUCAUGGUACUGUUUUUAAUACAUUUCGUGAAGCAUGUUAUCAUUUAGGUUUAUUGCAAGAUGACAUUGAGUGGAGAAAUACAUUAACUGAAGCUGCUGCAACUCGGAUGCCUAAACAAAUUAGGCUACUGUUUUCCAUCAUAUUAACUUUAUGUGAACCUGAUGAUCCUUUACACCUUUGGAAUACAUUUAAAAAUUAUAUGGUUGAAGAUUACAUACACCAUUCAAUGCCAGUCGUACUUGCUGAGCAGGCAGCUCUUCGUCAAAUUGAAUCUAUAAUUAAUCAGAGUGGUAAAACCUUAGCUGAUUAUAAUUUGCCAGCUUUAGAUCAGUUUUUAGAUAAUGUCCCAGAAAAUGAUGAUGAAGAUGUUCAGGUGUUUAUUGAUGAAGCAAACCGAGUUAGACCAUUAUUGAAUGAUAAUCAACGUAAUGUAGCUGAUGCGAUCCUUGCUGCACUAAGUGUGGAACCUACUAAUGAAAAUAAGCAUUCAAGGUUGUUUUUUAUGGAUGGGCCUGCCGGUUGUGGUAAAACAUUUACUUACAACUAUUUAAUUUCUGAAACACAGAGCAGGCAUAUUAGAACUGCAACAGCUGCAUGGACAGGAAUAGCUGCAACUCUUCUCAAAAAUGGGUGCACAAUGCAUGGCUUAUUCAAACUUCCUGUUCCAAUUUUGGAAACAAGCACAUGUAAUGUAACUCCAAACUCUAUUCAUGGUAGAUUCCUGAGACAAAUCAGUUUGUAUUUACUUGAUGAAGCAUCUAUGAUACCCAAAUAUGUUUUGAGUGCCAUUGAUAAGCUAUUACAAGAUAUUUGUAAUAACAACUUUCCUUUUGGUGGUAAGGUUAUUCUUAUGGGUGGAGACUUCAGACAAAUACUUCCAGUUGUGAAGCGAGGUCGACCAGCAGAAGUUAUAGAAUCAUGUUUAAAAUGUUCUGAACAUUGGCAAUAUGUGCAAAGGUUCUCAUUAACUGUAAAUAUGAGGGUUCAGAUAGAAGAAGAGGAAUUUUCUCAAUGGCUUUUAAAGCUUGGAAGUGGAACAUUACCUGUCAAGCCUGAAGAUCCUUUGCGAGGGUGUAUUGAAAUACCUGAGCAGUGCUUUUUCAUUGAUAAUGAAUCUAUUGUGGAGAAGAUUUUCGGUGGUGCAGAAGAAGCUGAUUAUGCAAAACGUGCUAUUUUAACGCCAACAAAUGUUGAUUCAUUGGCAAUAAAUGAAGAAGUCCUUCAUCGUUUACCCGGUGAUGUGAAAACAUAUUUAAGUUCAGAUAGCAUUGAUACUGAUGAUCUUAAUGAAAUUAAUAACUUUCCAGUCGAGUUUUUAAAUAGUUUGACUCCAUCAGGUAUGCCUGUUCAUUGCCUAAAAUUAAAAAUUGGUGCUGUUAUAAUGCUACUUAGAAAUUUAGAUCUCAAAGGUGGACUUUGUAAUGGAACCCGUUUGAUGGUGCGUGCAUUACACAAAAAUUAUAUUGAUGGUGAGGUUUUAACAGGUGUAUCAGCUGGUAACAGGGUAUUUGUUCCUCGAGUUCAAUUAGCUCCAUCAGAUGCAAAUUUACCUUUUACACUUAAACGCCGUCAGUUUCCAGUUUGGUUAGCAUACUCAAUGACCAUAAAUAAAAGUCAAGGUCAAACAAUUGAAAAAGUUGGUGUUAUCUUAAAAAGCCUUGCUUUUCACACGGCCAAUUAUAUGUUGCAUGUUUAAGAACAAGAUCAUUUAAUAGUUUGUUUUUCAAAGUUGAUAAACAUCCAUUACAAGCAAUGCUGAUAAAACUGAAUUUUUUUAAAAAAAGAGUAUUUCCAGCCUUCCAACCAAAUAUUAGAGACUUUUACAAAAGCACUCUCACAAAAUAAUGCUUUUAUAAUCAAUUUAAAAGUCUUUCAAAUCGUUAAUCAUUUUUCUAAAGGCGAAGAAGAAGAAUCGUUAAUCUUCAUACCAUUUAAUAAAGCUAUUUUAACAAAAACGCA